UUUCGAACGCACCCCUCCCCCCCCGGCGUCAAUCCUGUCCCAGUAGCCUUGCCCCAAUUACCUCACUUAUCCCCAAACUGCGCAGUAUGUUUAACAAAAGGGACUAAGGAGGCACCGUAACACUGGCAGGAGCCGCAACGUGUCUCCGCAGCGCCGAGAAAUCCUGGCAGACCGAAAAAGCUAAAACCACGGAACUGGAGGCUGGAGCACCAUGGCGGAGGUGAAGGCUGCACGGCUGUCUGGGUAUUACGGGGAACUGAAGAAGUUUAUCGAGAAUUCAAACUACAACAAAGUAAUCAAGGUUGCUAACAAGAUUUUGGCAGAGGAUGUGAAAGAAGUGAAGGCUUGGCAGUGCAAAACUGUUGCACUUAUCAACCUGGACCAGUUCUCUGAUGCUCUUACCACUGUCAUCAAGUCAAAAUUUUUCUCAGAGCUUGCUUUUGAGAAGGCCUACUGUGAGUACCGCCUGAACAAAGUAGCCGAUGCUUUCCAAACCAUCCAGGGUGCUGCCCAGUCCACUCCCAAAGUACUUGAAUUGCAGGCUCAGAUUCUCUACCGUCUUGAAAGAUAUGAUGAAUGCCACGAGGUGUACAGGGACAUCAUCCGCACCACCAGCGAUGACUUUGACAUGGAGCGGGAGACCAAUAUGACGGCAGUUUUAGUGAAUCGUACUGUUGAAGGAGAGGAAGAUGAGGGGGAAGUGCCAGUGGUGGAUGACAGUGCCUCAUAUGAACUGAUCUACAAUGGUGCAUGCCGUCUUCUGGCAGCAGGAAAACUUGAACAAGCUCUAGAGAAACUUCAGAGUGCAGAGGAACAGUGCCGGGCAUAUCUCACUCAAGAGGAAGGAGCGACUGAGGAUGAGGUCAAUGAAGAAGUGGCAAUUAUAAGGGUGCAGCAGGGCCACUGCCUGCAACACUUAGGUCGGGAACGAGAGGCUCUGACUAUCUACAACAGUGUGCUCAAGACUAAGCCAGAUGAUCCAGCACUCCUGGCCAUUAUUAACAACAACCUAGUGUCCAUUAACCGCACUGCCAAUGUGUUUGAUUCUCGCAAGAGGAUGAAGGCAGCUACUGCUUCUGGUCUGGAGCACAAGCUGACCACUCGCCAGCGCUCUACCAUUGCACUCAACCACUGUCUCCUGGCUUAUCACACUAAUCAGGAAGAGGUGUGUCGGACAGAAUCCCAAGCCUUGCUGAAGGAGUAUCCACUGUUGACACUGAAGGCACGGGUGAUUCAAGCUGCUCAGUUGGGAAGAGAGGGCAAGCUGAAUGAGGCUCAGGCCCUGCUUAAUGAUUGCAUCAAAGAGUACCCUCAACACACCACAGAGAUCCAGCUGAUGACUACUCAGAUUUUGUUGGCAAAGGGUGACAAGCAGGCUGCUUGUACUGUUCUAUCUAGUUUACCUGACAAAGAUCGUAACCGUCCGGGAGUAGUGUCUGCCCUGGUAGCCUUGCAGGUGGCUCAGGGUGACCGUGAUGCAGCAUCCAAGGUGUUGAGGGAAGCUGUUGAGUGGCACCAAAACAAUAAGACUUCUGCAUCCCAACUGGGGGAGCUGUGGAGGCAUGCAGCUGACUUUCAUUUGCGGACUGGAGAUGCUGCCACUGCUGCCAGUUCUCUUCUUGAGUUGCACAAGCUGAAUCCCCAUGACACCACAACACUUGCCCAACUCAUCACUGCCUAUGCUAGAUAUGAUUUGAAGGCAGCUCAGAAGCUUUCUCGGGAACUGCCUGGUGUGGGCAGUGUGGUGGAGGGCCUUGAUGUGGAAACCUUAGAGUCUGCUCUUGGUCAUCGGUACUUCAAGAAGAUGCAGCAAGGACGAGGAGAAGCUUCUCCCUCUUCUCCUAAGGCACCUUUAACCCCAGGACUAGAGCAGAAGAAACCAGUAGAUAAAAAGAAGGCAAAGAAGAAGAAGAGGAAGCCUCGCCUCCCGAAAGACUACAAUCCUGCCAUGACCCCUGACCCUGAGCGUUGGCUGCCACGCUGGCAGCGCAAGGGCUACCGCAAGAAGAAGGACCGUAGGGUGAAGGAGGUCAUGAAGGGAACGCAAGGAGUGUCAAGUGAGGCAGCUGACAAAUUUGACAUCACAAAAACUGCUGGCACCCACAAGCCUGCACAAGCUGCCAUGAGCCCUCAGCCAGAGUCCCAGGGUCCACGUCGCAAUCUUAUUAAGAAGAAAGGAGGAGGAAAGAAGAAGAAGGGUUCUGGAUGGUAAUAAAGACAUUGACUUACAUCUGUAUCUGUGAAAGCUGAGGAUAUGUUUAUUUUAAUUAACUUUUUAUAUACAUUUGUAAAAUUCUGUUUAUUGUAUAAUUUUCAAUGUUGUUUUGAGGGUGAAUCCAUUUAAAAGUUUUUGAGGAUUAAGGUACUGCUAUUUUUUCUCAUAUCUUCUACUUUAAUUUCUUUUCUUUUAGGUUUCAUACUUGUAAUUUUUUUACAAACACCCUGUUGUAUUACUUAAGACAAUCACUGCACUUCACCAACCCUUAGCAUUCAAGCCAAACUGUUUGCUUGCAUGACCCAAGAGUUUUGGAUACUGGCUAUGAGAUGCAUUUGUGCAAUAUGAAAUUAAAAUUAUUAGGAGGGUGAAGGGCCUCCUGAGUGUUAGCUUCCAGUGUAUUUGGAUGCAGGACAAUAGUGUUAUAAACUUAAGAGAAAAAGUAUGUUUCUAAUGUUUAUUUCAUAUUAAACUGAUAUAUAAGAGUAAAGAUGAAUCCCAGUUAACUGUAACCCAAAUAUUCAAAGACCUCAAGUAACCUAAUUCUUGUGCCUACAUUUUUUCUUUUUUUCUCAUUGGAACCUUAAAAUGGGAUUCUCCCACACCCUCAAAUGGAUUUUACUUUAUCAUGGUUAUGGACUGCCUUUCUCUCUCUCUCUCUCUCUCUCUCUCUCUCUCUCUCUCUCUCUCUCUCUCUCUCUCUCUCUCUCUCUCUCUCUCUCUCUCUCUCUCUCUCUCUCUCUCUCUCUCUCUCUCUCUCUCUCUCUCUCUCUCUCUCUCUCUCCAAAAAUUUAUCAAUAAAAAUUACUUGAAA